AUGACAAAAGCAUCAAGAUCAAACAAGAAGACUGUGCACGCUUAUUCAGUGGGGUUCGGCUUUCGACCUCCAUAUCAAAUCUUAAUGGAUGGUGACUUUUGUAAAGCGGCUCUAGAAAAGCAGGUGUACAUCAAAGAUGCGCUUCCUCUCUUAAUGGGCGAUGUUACUCGUCUAGUGGUAACCGAAUGUAUCUUGAAAGACAUCAAAUCCAGAGGCCAUGACUUCACCAGUGCCUACAUUCUAGCCAAGAAAUCAGAAGCAAGACGUUGUCCACACAAGGAGACACCUGUUUCCAGCUAUCAAUGUAUUCGAGACCUCGUUGGCACCGAGAAUAAGCAGCAUUUUUGUGUUGCUACUCAAAACCCCAAGCUCAAGGACCGUAUGAGAAAGAUUCCCGGCGUGCCCAUCAUUUAUGUUAAUGUUAAACAGCAAGGUCUCGGUCUUGAACCAAUGACGGACAAGUCGAAACAAGUGAUGAAGUUGCAUGAAAUGGAAAAAGUCAAGCCAUUAGACAAAGAUACCUUGAGAAUCAAAAGAGCUUUGUUCUCGAACGAAGAAGAGGAAAAGAAGGCGGAUGCGCACAAGCCAUAUCCCAAGAAGAGAAAGGUGAAAGGUGUGAACCCAUUAGCCAUGAAGAAAAAGAAGAAGAUACCGCCUCCACCCAAAAAGAAGGGUACAGAGUCUGCUGCUGCCAAAUAA